GGGGUCCAAAAUGGCGGGAGGUUCGCGGGGCUAGUCGGGGAUUCCGCAGCGCCGGGACUGGAGCGAAAGCGGAGCCGGGUCCAUCCUCGCGGCGCCCCCUCCCCUCAGCCCUAGCCCGCCCCCGCCGCCAGCAUGAGCAACAUCUACAUCCAGGAGCCUCCGACCAACGGCAAGGUUUUACUGAAAACAACAGCUGGAGAUAUUGACAUCGAGCUAUGGUCAAAAGAAGCACCAAAAGCAUGCAGAAAUUUCAUCCAGCUUUGUAUGGAAGGUUAUUAUGACAACACAAUAUUUCACAGAGUUGUGCCUGAUUUUAUAGUGCAAGGGGGAGAUCCCACUGGUACUGGAUCAGGUGGAGAGUCAAUCUACGGGCUCCCCUUCAAGGAUGAAUUCCACUCACGAUUGCGUUUUAAUCGAAGAGGACUGGUUGCUAUGGCAAAUGCUGGAGCUCAUGAUAAUGGCAGUCAAUUUUUCUUUACACUGGGCCGUGCAGAUGAACUUAACAACAAGCACACCAUUUUUGGAAAGAUUACUGGGGAUACCAUAUACAAUAUGUUACGACUGACUGAAGUAGAAAUUGACAAAGAAGAAAGACCACUCAAUCCACACAAAAUAAAAAGUAGUGAGGUUUUGUUUAAUCCUUUUGAUGACAUCAUUCCAAGAGCAAAUAAAAAGCUGAAAAAGGACAAACCAGGGGAAGAAGUAAAAAAGUCAAAAUCCAAAGGCACAAAAAAUUUUAAUUUGCUUUCAUUUGGAGAGGAAGCUGAAGAGGAAGAAGUGGAAGUCAACAGAGUUAGUCAGAGCAUGAAGGGAAAAAGUAAAAGUAGUCAUGACUUGCUGAAGGAUGAUCCACAUCUAAGCUCAGUUCCUGCUGUUAAAAGUGAAAAAGCAAAUGAAGUGAGGGAUUCAGACGAGGAAGAAGAGGAGGAGGAUGACGAUAGCGAUAAUGAAGAAGGUGAAAUGGAUAGUGACGAGAAAUAUCAAGUGAAAGAACGUGUAGCUAAGAAGUUGAGAAAAGAUAAAAAUGAAAAUGUUAAGCUACCAUUUAAAGAAGAACCAGAAACUGAAAAGAAAACAACUAGUCGCAGUGAGGAACUACGCAAAGAAGUACGCCAGCUGAAACGUGAAUUACUAGAAGCAAAGCAAAAGAGAGAAGAAAAUUCUACAAAAUCAAAAGAAAAGGAAGAGGAAGAGGAAGAAGCUGAUCCAAACAGCAUAGUUACAGAAUAUUUACAGGAGAAGAAAAAGUAUGAAGAUCUGCGGAAGCAACAGCCAAAGAAAGGGGUAUCUCGUGAAGAGCAGACACUGGCGCUGCUGGACCGAUUCAAAUCAAAGCUAACUCAGGCAAUAGCAGACACUCCUGAAAAUGAAAUGUCUGAACCUGAAGUAGAGGAUGAUGAAGGAUGGUUGUCACAUGUACUUCAGUUUGAGGACAGAAGCAGAAAAGUGAAAGAUGCAAGCAUGCAGGAUGAAGACACUUUUGAAAUCUAUGAUCCUCGGAAUCCUGUAAAUAAGAGGAGAAGAGAACAAAGCAAAAGGAUAAUGCGGGAGAAAAAAGAAAGGAGAUGAAAUGAAUGUAAAACUAUCCAGAGCUGGCUUGGAAAGUGUAAUAAAGUAUCGGCCCUUU